UGUCUCUUUUGUCUUUCCAGGUUCACCAACACUCUGACACAUCUCAAUUCCCAAGAACACCUCAAUCCAAUCAUAUUCCUCUAUGAAUUCCCAGAAAUUGUCUGCUCUACUUUCUUCUUUAACCUCUCAACUCUUUCUUCUUAUUCUCCUUCUCUUCCCUGACUCUAAUUCUUCCGAAAAAUACAACCUUUUUCCUUUGAUUUCCCACUUUCUUUCUUCCCAGCAGGUCGCUACUUCUGUUUCUUUCCUUUCGAUUUCCAGAAAAAGGAAGAGAACCCUUUUCUCAGAACAAGAUUCUGAGCCUGCCCAUGAAGAUAGAUUCUCCAAACUCGAAGAUGGAAUUCUUCAACUGAGUUUGACUCAAUCCCCUGAUUCGUUCAAAAACUCCUUCAAAAUGAAAUAUUCUACCUUCAGAUGGCUCUCUGGAUUGCUUGAGCCGUUAUUGGAUUGCCGUGACCCGGUGGGUUCACCUUUGAAUCUAUCCCCUGAUGUCCGGCUCGGUAUUGGUCUAUUUAGGUUAGUUACUGGGUCAGAUUAUGCUGAACUCGCUAAUCGAUUCGGGGUUGCUGAGUCGGUGACUCGGUUUUGUGUUAGACAGUUGUGUCGUGUUCUUUGCACUAAUUUUCGAUUCUGGGUUGCUUUUCCUAGCGGAGAAGAGGUCAAUUCGAUAUCGGAAUCUUUUGAGGAACUCACAGGGUUGCCUAAUUGCUGUGGUGUUAUUGAUUGUACAAGGUUCAAAAUUGUUAAAAAUAAUGGAUCAAAACCUUGUAAAGAUGAUAAAUUAAGUGAAGAAAGUGUUGCAGUACAGCUUGUUGUUGAUUCGUCUUCAAGAAUCUUGAGCAUUGUUGCCGGUAUUCGUGGUGAUAAAGGUGAUUCAAGAGUGCUAAAGUCUUCAACUUUAUAUAAAGAUAUUGAAGAAAAAAAGUUAUUGAAUUCAAGUCCAGUCUUUGUUAAUGGGGUGGCUGUAGAUCAGUAUUUAAUUGGUGAUGGAGGCUACCCUUUGCUUCCAUGGUUAAUGGUACCAUUUGUGGACACUAAACCAGGAUCAAUCGAAGAGAAUUUCAACUUAGCACAUGCUAUGAUGCGUAUUCCGGCAUUGAAAACUAUUGCCAGUUUAAAGAAUUGGGGGGUUUUGAGGAGGCCAAUACAAGAGGAGUUUAAGACUGCAGUUGCUUUUAUUGGUGCUUGUUCCAUUCUACACAAUGUUCUGCUUAUGAGAGAUGAUGAUUCUGGGUUGUGUGAAGAGUUGAGAGAUUACUCAUUGCAUGAUCAGAGCUCUCAGUAUUAUAGUGAUAAUAGUUUGGAGGAGAAUUUGAUCGAGAAAAGUGCUUCGGUUAUACGAACAGCACUGGCUACAAAAGCAAGAAGUUGUCCAGAUUCAAGUUUUGGUAGGGAUCCCUGCAGUUCAGUGCAAUGAAUGCAAUCCAAUGACACUUAUGGCACAAGAUGUUCAUGGUAUUGUUUAUACUUCAAUUAUUUUUUUUAAGAUGUAUGAAAGUUCUCAAUUUGCCAAAAAUAAGGU